AAGACUGUAUUGGCUUCUAGGUCUUUAUAAAAGGUCCCACCUACCCAGCACUUUUCACUUUCCCUUUUCUCUUAGGCCGAUGACCUUCUGAACCCUCCAUGGACCAAACCUCUUUUUUUCCCAAUUUGAAUCUGUUCUAUUCACCCAUCAAUUUCACCUCAUUUGAUCAAUUUUUAGGUCUUCUGGUUAAUGGGAUUUGUUGGUGAAUUUAUUGUGAAAUCGAAUUGGUGUUGUAGUUGUUGGGGUUAGUCAAUUUGAGAGACGGAAAUGAAGAGAGGGAAAGACGAUGAUAAUAAGGUCAUGGGUCCAAUGUUCCCUAGGCUUCAUGUUAAUGAUGCUGAGAAAGGAGGACCUAGAGCACCGCCCAGGAACAAGAUGGCCCUUUAUGAGCAGCUCAGUAUUCCUUCUCAGAGGUUCAAUUAUAGCAAUAGCAACUUGGUUCCUCCAGUUUCCUCAAGCCUGGGGAGUGGUCGUGAAAGAAAUUUACUUUUCCCUCUUCCUGUGCAACCUUCAACACCCUCUCAUGUGGCUGAGAAGUUUCAUGGAUGUCAACCUGCUGGAACAACUUUGAACACUCACUUACCACAGCAUCAGAAAAGAAAGAAGGUUAGCAAUGAUGAUGAUUUUGCAGUUCCUGUAUAUGUUCCCUCCGAUAUAGAUCAAUGCCCUAGUAAAACCCAAAAUGAGAUUCCAAAGGAAAAAGUCUCUGCCUUAAGCCAAACUUAUCCUGGUCAUUCAACGAAUUUGCAAAAUGGUUGUGAUAAGGAUGCAAAAAGAAGUAGCGCCUUUGGUCCCAAAUCAAGAAAUGAGACUAGACACCUAGGUGAAGAGAACCCCAAAAUUUGCAUCCUGAUUAGAGACCAUGCGGUAAAACCUUUGGCAGAUUUAUCAACCAGAGAUAAGGUUGAUGGACCUGCGAAAGAAGCUAGCGCAUUACCGAUCCAAAAGUAUGUAGAUUUCCUCGGAUCUAAUCUAGGCAGAUUAAAUGAUAGUUUUACUUCAUUACAACAUGAACCUAGAGUUGGGUUGCAAGAAAAUGACCAUGGACAUUGUGAUGGCGAUGAGUCUGGGAGGGAUGUUGAGAAGGAAAUCGUUCCUCAGACAAGAAGUGGUGCCUGUACAAGGGAAGAACAUAGUAGUCCCGAUGAGCCUGCUGUUGACAACGAUCAUCAUGGAACCAAUACUUGUGGGUCACUACAGUUAAGAAAUGGAGAAAAAAGCGAUGAUCUCUCAGGGACCUCCAUGCUUGAUUGUAUAUCAGGCUCAGAUAUCUCUCCUGAUGAUGUUGUAGGAAUGAUAGGUCAAAAACAUUUCUGGAAAGCUAGAAAAGCUAUCGUCAAUCAACAAAGAGUGUUUGCUGUUCAAGUAUUUGAGUUGCAUAGACUGAUUAAGGUCCAACAACUGAUUGCUGGAUCACCACACCUAUUGCUUGAGGACAGUGCCUAUCUUGGCAAACCUUCUUUGAAUGCUUCUCCAGCAAAGAAACUACUGCCGGAGUAUGCUGUAAAACCACUGCCACAUAUACCUAAGCGUAAAGAUGAUUCGGAGAAGCCUAACCAUAAGAUGGAAUGUUCUGCUGAAAAUGCUGUUGGGAAGACAUCACUUUCUUCUGUGAAAAAUGGAAGUCAGCCUUCACAUUAUGGCCCUUACCUUGCAAACCCAGCAUCAACACCCAUGGCUGCUGAUUCCAGAAUGGGCCCUUGGUGUUUUCAUCAAUCACCUGGUCAUCAGUGGUUAAUUCCUAUCAUGUCCCCUUCUGAAGGGCUUAUAUACAAAGCGUAUCCUGGUCAUGGAUUUAUGGGAGCAGUUUGUGGGACAGGAUGUGGGCCUUUUGGACCAACUCCCCUGACUGGUAACUUUAUGAAUCCAGUCUUUGGAAUGCCAUCUCCUCAUCCUUAUCAAGGAAUUGGGGUUAUACCCGGUGGUCAUCCAGUUGGUCAUAGUUACUUCCCUCCUUAUGGCAUGCCAAUAAUGAACCCAUCUAUCUCAGGUUCGGCUACUGAAGCUGCAUCUGGUCCACAUGAUCAAAAUGUUCAGUUAUCUGGAGAGGGAGCUAAGUCUAACAUGCAGCAUGAAAGCUCAUGUAAUGUCCCUGCCCAGAAGACUGGAGUCCUUCCCCAAGUAAAGCAGUUUCAGGCUUCUAAAGAUACAGACCUACAAGGAAGUACAGCCAGUAGUCCAGGAGAGAGAAUACAAGGUGAAGGGACACGUCAGGCUGUUGAAGCGAGAGAUUCACUUCCCGUUUUCAAGAAGGCUCCAGUCAUCCGCAAAGGAGUCCUUCAGCCUUUUGAUACAGACCAGCCAACCAAGGUGAUCAAAGUUGUGCCUCACAAUCCUAGAUCAGCUACCGAGUCUGCCGCUCGAAUUUUUCAGUCCAUACAAGAAGAGAGGAAACAGUUUGACUCAAUUUAGUUUGCUUAUGUUGAACAAACUCUUUACUGGUUAAUGACCUGAGACUAUCUGAAUUGGAAUGUUGCCGGGUAAUUCCCCUCUGCCUUUUUGGGCAUGAUAUUUUGUUUUUUUGUUUUGAAAAUUGUGAUAUAGUUUAUUCACAUGUAGAUAUCUCUAGAAUUACAAGAAGUCACUGUAACAUGAAUAUUUGUUCAAAUUUGAUACCCAGUAGAGGGAGAUCUGUAGAGGGUAGGAUGUUAUUUUACACUCACAAACGUGAUAGCCAGUUAAUCUGUAACUGCCUGCCACUGCCUCUCUCAUGUUGUAGUAGACUGUGUAUUAUGGCAGCUGUAGAAAUUAUCAUCUAUUGAUGUUUUCUGCUGUAUUAUUUA